AGAACGGAAACGCCGUGCGAAACAUACGAUGGAGGAGGGGAAAGCAGUUGGCGUCGGACAAAACGGAGUACACCAUCGCUAUACCGUUCCGUUGUUCAUUAUUUAAACGUUACAUCGUUCUGGAGUGGGCUGCCAUGCGCGCCCCUUGGUGAUAAAACCGAGUGAUCGUUGUCGCCUUGUGAAGUGCUAUACAUGCGACGGGACUGCAUGCUUAGAAUAUGAUAUAAUCUGCCGUGAAGACAAACUGAAUAUUUGAGGUGUGAUAGCGAGAAUGAAGUUUACAGUCAUUUUAGUAUGUGUGUCCUUCGCCAUCGGUGAUGCGACGAUCGAAGCUCCAGAGGACUUUGUAUCCCUGGCGGAAAUGGAGGACGCAUUGCUGAAGAACCUCUUCCGUGGGUACCAGAAGUGGGUGCGGCCCGUCUUGCACGCCAACGACACCAUCACAGUACGCUUCGGACUCAAGAUCUCACAGCUAGUCGAUGUGGAUGAGAAGAACCAGCUUAUGACCACAAAUGUCUGGCUGUGGCAGGAGUGGGUGGAUGUAAAGCUGAAAUGGGACCCAAAUGACUACGGAGGAAUCACUUCCAUCAGAGUUCCCUCCGAGACAAUAUGGCUGCCGGACAUCGUCCUGUAUGAAAAUGCCGACGGACGAUUUGAGGGCUCGCUCAUGACCAAGGCCAUCGUGCGCUCGGACGGCACCAUCGUGUGGCGCCCGCCGGCCAGCUACAAGUCCUCCUGCACCAUGGACGUCACCUUCUUCCCCUUCGACCGGCAGAACUGCCCCAUGAAGUUUGGCUCGUGGACCUACGACGGCAACAUGGUGGACCUGGUCCUCAUCGACCACUACGUGGACCGCAAGGACUUCUUCGACAACGGCGAGUGGCAGAUCCUCAACGCCACGGGGGCCACGGGCAGCCGGCACGACGGCGUGUACUGGUACCCGUUCCUGACGUACUCCUUCAUCCUGAAGAGGCUCCCGCUCUUCUACACGCUCUUCCUCAUCAUCCCGUGCCUGGGCCUGUCCUUCCUCACCGUGCUCGUGUUCUACCUGCCCUCGGACGAGGGCGAGAAGCUCUCGCUGUCCACCUCCGUCCUGGUGUCGCUCACCGUCUUCCUGCUCGUGAUCGAGGAGAUCAUCCCGUCGUCCUCCAAGGUCAUCCCGCUCAUCGGCGAGUACCUGCUAUUCAUCAUGAUCUUUGUCACCUUCUCCAUCAUCGUCACCGUCUUCGUUAUCAACGUGCACCACCGCUCGUCUGCCACCUACCACCCCAUGGCCCCCUGGGUAAAGACUCUGUUCCUCCAGAGGCUACCCAGACUGCUUUGUAUGAGAGGGCACACGGACAGGUACCACUAUCCAGACAUUGAGCUGCGUAGCCCAGAGUUGAAACCCCGUGGAGCUGCCGGGAAGAGAGCGGCGUCGGGCCAGGGCCAAGGCCAACAGAGAGGAGCCGGCCCUGGAAAGGAGGAUGACAAUCACGCCUGGCUGGCCAUGCUGGAGAAAGCCACCAACUCUGUCCGCUACAUCAGCCGGCACAUUAAGAAGGAGCACUUCAUCAGAGAGGUGGUCCAGGAUUGGAAGUUCGUAGCCCAGGUGUUGGACCGGAUCUUUCUGUGGGCCUUCCUCACUGUGUCUAUCCUGGGCACUGUUCUCAUCUUCACUCCAGCAUUGAAUAUGUACCUAACCACUCCGCCCUAGACACAAACACACAUACGCACGCAAACACACACACACACAUACCCUUAACCUACCCCUGCAUGGGCACCACACUAGCUAAUACAGUCCUAAAACUGUAUCCCCCCACCCCGGACCACCACCUCUUUUUAGUCUCUCAAACAGAUGGCAGCAGAUUUCUUACUCAAGUAAUGAUGUUUCACAAUAAUCUCUUUUGACCGUAUACUCGUCUUAUACAACUUAUACCUGUACAUUUACUGUUCAACUGUGUAAUCCACUGAAUUUGGGCCAAAAGGCUUGGUUUGUAACCCCCAAUAAUUAGCUGUGUAAGAUCAAUGCACAUGGAGAUAUAAGCAAUAACAAAGCCAUGCAUUGUCAGCCAUGUCAUAUCUGUGUAUGAUUUAAAUGUUUACAUCUUUACUUAUGUUGGUUCACCAUAGCAAUUUAGAUAUAUUGCAUCAACGUCAAUGUAUUUAUGCACAAUGUCAUUGCAGUGACCCACUCAAGUUGUAUGCUGUCUCACUUCACGUCUUGUUCAUGAUAUUGAUAAUAUGAUUGAUAUUAAAAUAGGAAUGCCUUUUUUUCAUUUAAUUUGUA